UGUUAACGACUGGACACGACGCCAGCGGGGUGUACACCAUCUACCCUGAUGGAGGAGGGAAAAGUCCUGUUCACGUCUACUGUGACAUGGACACUGACGGGGGUGGAUGGACGUUGUUCCAGAAACGCCAAGAUGGGUCAGUCAAUUUCUACCAAGACUGGCAGGCGUACAAGACAGGGUUUGGUGACCUGAGAGGAGAGUUCUGGCUAGGAAAUGACCACUUGCACCGCCUGACGGCCCAGGAUGUGUACGAACUGAGGGUGGAUCUGGAGGACUUUGAGGGUAACACGGCCUACGCCAAGUACAACAUCUUCAGGGUGGAGGAUGAGGUGCACAAGUACAGGCUCACUGUGGAAGGGUAUUCGGGAACUGCAGGUGACGCCAUGACCGACCCAGCCCGUCCUCACAACGGCAUGUUCUUUUCUACUCGAGACAGAGAGAACGACAUCCACACCACUGAUAACUGUGCUCAAGUGUACAAAGGGGCAUGGUGGUACAAUCAUUGUCAUCAUGCCAACCUGAACGGGCUGUAUCUGGUUGGUGCUCAUCAGUCUUAUGCAGAUGGUGUCAACUGGUACCCAUGGAAGGGGUUUAACUAUUCACUAAAAACUAGUGAAAUGAAAAUAAGACCAAAUUUUUUCUGUCGCGUCACCAUGACCGUCCUUACCACAGUAGUCCUUGUUCUACUGAACCAACUCAGCGGUUCAGUAGCCCAACAUGGUUCGGAGGGGGCUGGGGUUUGGCCCGAGAGUGAAAUUGGAGAACACGUCACCCUGACUGGAUCUUGUCUGGCAUAUGGAGAACUUCUACAGUACUUAACUAGACAGGACAAGCUGGAGAGCGAGUUAGAGGCACUGAAGAACGAGACUCAGAAAUGCUGUGGGGGAACACACCAAGCCAGCGCUUUCCAGCAACAGCAGGCCAUGGUUGAAGAGCUGGAAGCAACAGUGGGUGACCAGGCUAACACCAUCUUACAACUAGAGGAUACAGUCAACAGUCAGGCCAACACCAUUCGGCAGAUGCAGACCCUUCUGAGCCAAAUAUCAGACAGGCUAAGCGGUCCCCGUGACUGUAUGGAACUGUUGACGACUGGACACGACACCAGCGGUGUGUACACCAUCUACCCUGAGGGCGAUGGCAAAAGUGCUGUUCAUGUGUACUGUGACAUGGACACUGACGGGGGUGGAUGGACAUUGUUCCAGAAGCGUCAGGACGGUUCUAUCAACUUCUACCGAGACUGGCAGGCGUACAAGACAGGGUUUGGGGACCUGAGGGGAGAGUUCUGGCUAGGCAAUGACCACCUGCACCGCCUGACCGCCCAGGAUGUGUACGAACUGAGGGUGGAUCUGGAGGACUUUGAGGGUAACACGGCCUACGCCAAGUACAACAUCUUCAGGGUGGAGGAUGAGGUGCACAAGUACAGGCUCACUGUGGACGGGUACAAUGGCACUGCAGGUGACGCCAUGACCGACCCAUUCCAUCCUCACAACGGCAUGUACUUUUCCACACGGGACAGAGAAAACGACAUCCACGAGACUCAGCACUGCGCGCAAGAGUACAGAGGCGCAUGGUGGUACGAAAAAUGCCACCGUGCAAACCUGAACGGGCUGUAUCAUGCUGGGGUCCACCAGUCCUUCGCAGAUGGCGUCAACUGGUUCCCAUGGAAAGGCUACGACUAUUCCCUUAAAACUACUGAAAUGAAAAUAAGGCCUAACUGAGCCAAGUAACCGGGAUCACAGAAGGUUGACUUAAAGUCCCUUCUUCGCCGCUUAUCGAAAAUAAACAGUUAGUACCAUGGA